UGACGCCAUAUUGGCUGUUUGAGAUGGUAACGGGAGUGUUGACUGUAAGCUUGGUUACUGUACAGAAUCCAUCUUCAUCUGGGUAUGAAAUGUAUGUAAUCAUACAGGGUUGAGACCCGACAGCAAAUACGGCUGUCCAUCAUUAAGAGGGUCCGCGUAGGAAAGGGAUUGUGAAAGGUAAACAUAGCCAGCGUCUCUACUCCAAGUUAGAAAAAAGAAGAGGCUGGACGGAUCUCCAUCUUUACUAGGAACCACAACAAGGACCGGCUGCUCUGUCUUUCUUUUCCGGUGGAAGUCGUUUUGAAGUGCUUUCGAAGUCAUGGCGUGCGGGGCCACUUUAAAGCGGACUCCGGAUUUCGAGCCGCUGCUGAGCCCGGCGUCGCCCAAGCGGAGGCGCUGCGCCCCGGUGUCCCCGGCGGCGGCGGCCGGCGCGUCGCCCCAGAAGUACCUGCGCAUGGAGCCGUCGCCCUUCGGGGACGUGUCGAGCAGACUGUCCACAGAACAAAUCCUGCACAACAUCAAGCAGGAGUACAAGCGCAUGCAGAAAAGGAGGCACCUGGAGAACAGCUUCCAGCAGGCUGACGGCUGCUGCUCCCCGGACUCGCCUCCUGACUCCUCCAUUCUGAGCGGACCCCAUGUGCCAGGUACAUCUUCUGGAGCAUCAUCUCCGACAAGAAAAGAGCAGCCUUUAUUUACGUUAAGACAAGUGGGGAUGAUCUGUGAGCGUCUACUAAAUGAACGCGAAGAUAAGGUUCGGGAGGAAUAUGAGGAGAUACUGACCUCAAAGCUGGCAGAACAAUAUGAUGCUUUUGUGAAGUUCACACAUGACCAGUUAAUGCGACGAUUUGGAGAGCAACCUUCUAGUUAUGUUUCCUGAGUAGAACCUGGCGCCUGCGCCGAUGCCCGUUGCACUGCGAUCGUGGCAGUCUGUUACGCUGAAUCGCAACAAACAUUUACAGAGACAUUUGAUUUAGUCAGGACUUGUAGCAGUGCCAUAUCUCUUUGGACACGGGCUCUAUCAAGCUUUUUGUCAGUGGUAACAAUUUCUCUUGAGCAAAUGGGUGCUUCCUGGUGUAAGUGCACACAUGGACAUUGCUACCUAAUAACUACCAGUGGCCUAUGUUUCAUUUGCUUUAUUAUUAAUCCCCCCUUUCAAACUCUUUUCUAUAAAAACACCUGGCAUUCCAGACUGUUACUUGUGAUUUUUAUUUUACUUGUAUUGUGAAGCUGUGUUGCAUAUUGGUCACCCCCCCUUUCAGGUCAGUCUGUAUGUAUGGGGGAGAAGAGUAUGUUUGGGUGGGAGUUGCUUCUUAGCAGCCAUUCCUGGUUUUUGUUCUACCACACAUGAAGGUUAUAGAAAGCAUUUCUGCUGUCAGGUCAUUGAUUGAUUGUUCCUCACUUCCUCCCCCCAUUAUUUAUUUUGAGCUUUUUUUUUUUUUUUUAAAAUUGUACAUUUCACUGCCUUUAAGUGGACUUCAGUUGGAAAAAUAAAACCAAUGGAUGACAUUGCAGCA